UUCAGUUUCCCUCUCAAACCCAGAAAUGGCGCUUUCCAUCCCUCCUCUUUAGGGUUUUUGAAAUUUUCCCUCGCUCUGUCACUCGAGCGAUCUAACCAAUCCCAAUCCAAAUCGCUUCAUUUCCUCUCGCCGAUCUCACAACACACUCUCUCCCGCUUUCUUCACUCCUAAAACCCUCGCAACGACGUCCCCUCGCCUGUUCGGAGAUGCCGUCGGCGGCGAAGCUCACGGAGGGCUCGAUACGGAAGAUCUGCGAGCGCGAGCUCGUCGGGGAGAGCGAGGUGAAGCCGAUACUGCAGGUGACGGACAUGAAGGUGGUGAACACCCGGAACCAUCAGAACCAGGAUCCGAGCAACGAUGUGGAGAGGGAGAGGCAGAGGUUCCGGGUGGUGCUGUCCGAUGGGACCCACGCGCAACAGGGCAUGCUCGCGACGCAGCUCAACCACCUGGUUGAUUCGGGGGAGUUGCAGAAGGGCUCCAUCAUCAGGAUGAAUAACUUCGUUUGCAGUUCCGUCAGGGACCGACUGAUUAUUAUCAUUGUUGACUUGGAGGUUGUACUUGCCAAGCAUGAUCUUAUUGGAGAACAUGUACAGGCAAAAGUUCCUGGAAGUGAAGUGGCAAAACCAACCACACCCUCUUUACAAAACAUGCGUGGUGGUGGUUCCUACUUGAAUAGUAUUGAUCAGGGAACAUGUCCUGCAACAAGCGCUGCUCCUUCUUAUGGCAAUGCUCCCAUUACUCCUGUGCACUCAAACACAGAACCUGGUGUCCCUAGGUCAGCUCAGUUUGGUGGGUCCUAUGCUAAUCAAAAUAUGGGUAUCCGCAAUAAUACCAAUGAAUUUCGACGUUCACCUGUUAAUUCCUACGUCCACCAGCCUCAGCCAUCAUAUCAGCAGCCGCCACCAAUGUACAUGAAUCGGGGACCUAUAGCAAAGAAUGAAGCUCCCCCAAGGAUAAUUCCAAUCGCUGCUCUCAACCCUUACCAGAACAGGUGGACAGUUAAGGCCAGAGUGACUGCAAAGGGCGAGCUUAGGCAUUACAACAAUCCACGCGGUGAUGGAAAAGUGUUUUCUUUUGAUCUUCUUGAUUCGGAUGGUGGGGAAAUCCGCGUGACGUGCUUUAAUGCUGUCGCUGACCAGUUCUACAACCAGAUUGAAACUAGCAAGGUGUACCUAAUUUCCAGGGGUACUUUGAAACCUGCUCAGAAGAAUUUCAAUCACCUCCGAAAUGAUCACGAGAUAUAUCUGGAAACCACCUCAAUUGUACAGCCAUGCAUUGAGGAUGAUAACCAAAUUCCAAGGCAGCAGUUUCAUUUUCAUCCCAUUAGUGAUGUUGAAGGCAUGGAAAGCAACAGUAUUAUCGACGUAAUUGGUGUUGUCCACUCUAUAAAUCCGGCUGCAUCCAUAAUGAGGAAAAAUGGUUCUGAAACUCAGAAAAGAAGCCUUCAUUUGAAAGAUGAGUCUGGCCGAAGUGUUGAAUUGACUUUGUGGGGGAACUUUUGUAAUGCAGAAGGACAAAGGCUGCAAAUUCUGUGCGACUCUGGACAGUUUCCUGUACUGGCAGUGAAAUCGGGUAGAGUCAGUGAUUUUAAUGGGAAGGCAGUGGGUACUAUUUCUACGAGCCAGUUAUUUAUAGAGCCUGACAUCCAAGAGGCUCGCAGGCUCAAGGAGUGGUUUGAGAGGGAAGGUAAAACUGCCCCUACGGUGUCUAUAUCAAGAGAAAUAACAAGCAUGGGCAGGACAGAGGCAAGAAAAACUAUAUCGCAGAUCAAAGAUGAAAAGCUAGGGACUUCUGAGAAGCCGGAUUGGAUUACAGUUUCUGCCAAUAUUGGAUAUAUAAAGGUGGAUAAUUUCUGUUACACAGCCUGUCCCAUUGUAAUUGGAGAUCGCCAAUGCAACAAGAAAGUUACAAACAACGGCGAUGGGAAGUGGCGGUGUGAUAGGUGUGACCGCUGCGUUGAUGAAUGCGACUACAGGUACAUUCUCCAGAUCCAGAUUCAGGACCACACUGGGCAAGCAUGGGUGACUGCAUUUCAGGAAUCUGGCGAGGAAAUAAUGGGUAUAUCGGCAAAGGAGUUGUUCUAUCUGAGAACUGAGCAUGAUGAGAGGUUUGGAGAAAUCAUCCGCAAGGUUUUCUUCACCAAAUUCAUAUUAAAGUUGAAAGUGAAGGAGGAGAUCUUUAGUGAUGAACAACGCGUGAAGUCGACCGUUGUCAAAGCAGACAAGGUAAAUUUCUCUUCAGAGGCCAGGUUUUAUCUGGAUUUGUUGGACAAGAACAGAGCAGAUGGGUCUGUUUCUUCUGAUGUCAAGUCGGAACACCUAGUUUCGAAUACCGGGAUGAUCAGUACUUUAACAGGGAAUGCUGAGAGUAUGCAAUCUUCAUCUUUUAUGGGGAACUAUUCCAUGGGAAACAAUGCUGGUACGGGAGGUUCUAGGUCAUCGGCAGACUAUACUUCAGCGGUUCAAUAUGGAAACCAGUAUAACGGUGCUAGACUUUCCAUGACGGGCCCAAACGAUAUGAAUUCAAGCUGCACUAGCUGCGGGAGAAGCGGCCAUAGCUCAAAAAAUUGUCCGAGCAUCAUGAGUGGCCCUUCUCAGACGAUGGGAGGGGCAUACGUGAAUAGACCUCCUGGAGGUUCCAGUGAUGUAUGCUAUAAGUGCAAUCAAACUGGGCACUGGGCGAGAGACUGUCCUGGGCUAAGUGCAGUUCCACCUGCAUAUGGAAGCAGCGCCGCAACACCUAGGAGGUAUGGGAUGGUUUCCAGGGAAAGGGUCGGGGGGGUUUGGGAGUAAUGUAAUGGAGUCAGCUUUUGUUUAUACCUGUUCUUAUCCAGUUCUUUUGGGUUUGAGCAAUGAUGAAGGCGUUCCUUCCACUGUUCCCCGUGUUUCCGGAGGGAAGACGAUGCAGGAGGAUGCCCUGUGCCGUGGUAAUGAGAAAUAUUUUGGGCGAAGGGUUGGAAUAAGCUACUCUUGUUUCAUUUCAUGCAAAUGCAAGUCUUUCCUAAUUCUCAAGUCUAUGAAGGAGCGGUGGGAGUGGCUGUGCCUUUAUAAUGAUGCAGAGGUGCUGUUUUUUGCGGACUUUUGUUUGAAAACCGUAGCGGUUUACGUAGGUUGUAGAGUGUCAGUUCAAUGUAUUUUUUCCUUUUUAUACUUUCCUCCAGCAUUAUCAUCAGAUAUUGUUGGGUUCUGUCUUGUGAACUAAGUUUCUUGGCAUGAAAAAAAAAAAACAACUGGUACCAUCAUCAA